CUCCGGCUCCGGGGGGGACCCGGAGGGAGCGGCGCCCCCUCCCCCCGCCGGCGCGGCCCCCGCGUGCGCCCAGCUCGCCCGCAGCCCAGACGGCAGGCAUCAAAAUGUAGCAGCAAUUCCAGGCUGCCAUGUACAGAAAAUGGACACAGUACCCAGGACAGAAGGAAGGCACAGAUGUGCAAAGCAGAGAGCACCGGCUGAGAAGGAGCCAUAAGGUCAAGACAGAGGCCUGACAUCCAAUGCAAAGGUGCAAGCAGGGAGCAGCGGACAUAUAAAGGAGAAGCCAAAGAUGUUGACCAGAAAGAUCAAACUCUGGGACAUAAACGCCCACAUCACUUGCCGCCUCUGCAGCGGGUAUCUCAUUGAUGCCACCACAGUCACGGAGUGUCUACAUACCUUCUGUCGGAGCUGCCUGGUCAAGUACCUGGAGGAGAAUAACACGUGUCCCACCUGCCGCAUUGUCAUCCACCAGAGCCACCCGCUGCAGUACAUCGGUCAUGACAGAACCAUGCAAGACAUUGUUUACAAACUGGUUCCAGGCCUCCAAGAAGCGGAAAUGAGAAAGCAGAGGGAGUUCUACCACAAGCUGGGCUUGGAAGUGCCUGGAGACCUGAAGGGGGAGAUGUGCUCUGCGAAGCAGCACCUGGAUUCCCAUCGGAAUGGUGAAACCAAAGCAGAUGAUAGUUCCAACAAAGAAGCCGCAGAGGAGAAGCAGGAAGAAGACAAUGACUAUCACAGAAGUGAUGAGCAGGUGAGCAUCUGUCUGGAAUGCAAUAGCAGCAAACUGCGGGGUUUGAAACGGAAAUGGAUCCGCUGCUCAGCCCAAGCAACAGUCCUACAUCUAAAGAAAUUCAUCGCCAAAAAGCUCAACCUUUCAUCUUUCAACGAGCUGGACAUUCUGUGCAAUGAGGAGAUCCUGGGCAAGGACCACACCCUCAAGUUUGUGGUCGUCACCAGGUGGAGAUUCAAGAAGGCACCACUUCUGCUGCACUACAGACCCAAGAUGGACCUGCUGUGAGCGGCCGGCGGCCCCGCACACGGCCUUGCACACCCGUGUGAGUGAGCGAGCGAGCAAGCGUGUGGCCGGGCAGGACCACGCCACGCUUGAGAACGUUGCCUCUGGGUGUCACGUGGACCGCAUUUCUGAAUAGAGAAUAUUUAUAACUUUUGUAUGAGAGAAUUCACACUCGACAAGACACUACCAGCACCGCGCUCCACGAUGGGAAACACUUCACAGCCUCACAUAGCUGACCCGCGCUCACCCCUUGCUUCCGUCCGAGACCAGAGUCCCGUGCAGUGGUGACCUGCCCUCACAUAACCUUUGCUUGCUUUCCAGGUCUGAAGAUCUCGGUCUUUUCAGUUAGUUUAUGAAUUAGGUUUCAUGAUAAGCCUUGGAAAUUCUUGUACGGUUUUUGAAUCCUUCCUAAGUUAUUAAGAAAUUACCUUUCUUGGUGAAUGAUGAUAUUUAUGUUGCCUUUAGCUUCCUGGAGAUUUAGACUAUAUAUAAAAUUUAAUUUAAAAACAGACCAAAAGAGGGUUCCAUUAAUAUUAGAAGUUAACCUUGAUGUUGGAUUUUCCAUAUUACAAGGCAUAGCAGAGAUGACGACUCCCCAACUCACCUUUGCCAUGUGGCCUUCAAGGGGCAGGGAGCCCCAGCGCUCUCCUGGACGCAGCUGCAGACACCCCUGCCUGGCAGCUGGAGGCAGUGCAACCAGUUGGCACCAGAGUGCAGAAAGCCCUUGUUCUCCAGGUCCCUCCCCAGGGGGUCUGUGGGGCCCCUGGCAGGAUGACCUGAGCUGCCUCAGCCGGCACCGAGGCAGCUGUUCCUCGGGGAGGGCCUUCUUGGGAAGAUGUGGGCAAGGGCAGGAGUGAGUCUGGAGCCACAUGCCUGCCAGCCCUGUGCUCAGACGCUGUGGGCAGCAGGGCCCCGGCUCCACCCCUACCCGCCUUUUCAGCCCACAGGGCCCCUCAGGGUGCCUACGGGUUAUGUUUUCUUGGAGUAUUUCACUUUAGUGACCGGAAUCUUUCCUUGAAUUUGCUUUGAGAGUUAUAGUUGGGCUCGUCGACUUCUAAUUUUGUUUGGUUUUUCUCUUCCUGUUUUGUUUACAGAAAAGUAUCAGAAGCAGCUGCUAAUGUGAUCUUAUCUUUGAUCAGAAAAACAAAGUGUUUCAACCCAAGUGAUAUUAAUAUAAGGCCUUUUAAAAAUA